AUGCAACUUAAGGAGGAGUUGACUCUCAUUCAGCAAGAGUCACGUUCGGUCUUAGAGUAUCUCGAUGCCAUCAAGGUUUUAGUUGAUGAACUUGCUGUGAUUGACUCUCCCAUCUCAAUGGAUGACAUUACUCUGUAUGUCCUCAACGGUAUUGGUCCUGAAUUCCAUGAGAUUGCAGCACCUAUUCGGGCAUGUGAGACUUCUCUUACGUUUAAGGAUUUUCAUGACAUGCUGGUUGGCCAUGAAAGUUACUUGCGACGUGUUGGCACUUCCAAUUCCGUUCUCAUUGCCACUGUGAACACUACUCAGCACCGCACUACUGCUCCCACAUUCAACUGCAACCAAUGUUCCAGCUCUGGUUCCUAUGGAUAG